CCUCCUCUUCUCCCGAGGAACUUCCUAGAGGGAGAGGGAGGGGGAGGAGGGGGGGGCUCAGCGCCCGGAGGCCAGGCUCCCAGUAAGCGGAGAUGCUGCUGCUGUGGGUGUCGGUGGUUGCAGCCUCGGCGCUGGCAGCACCAGCUCCCGGGGCCGGUGGGCAGAGGCGGGGAGCAGUUCAGGCUUGGCCCGAUCCUCCUAACGUGGUGCUAGUCGUCAGCGACUCCUUCGAUGGAAGGCUGACAUUUUAUCCAGGAAGUCAGGUAGUGAAACUUCCUUUUAUCAACUUCAUGAGAGCACAUGGUACUUCCUUUCUAAAUGCCUACACGAACUCUCCAAUCUGCUGUCCAUCACGCGCAGCAAUGUGGAGUGGGCUCUUCACUCACUUAACAGAAUCUUGGAAUAACUUUAAGGGCUUAGAUCCAAAUUAUACAACAUGGAUGGAUGUCAUGGAGAAGCAUGGCUACCAAACACAAAAAUUUGGAAAACUGGACUAUACUUCAGGACAUCACUCCAUCAGCAAUCGUGUGGAAGCCUGGACAAGAGACGUUGCUUUCCUACUCAGACAGGAAGGCAGGCCUAUGGUUAAUCUUGCCCCGAAAAAGACUAAAGUAAGAGUGAUGGAAGCGGACUGGAAGAACACAGACAGAGCCGUAAGCUGGUUAAGAAAGGAGGCAAGCAAUUCCACUCAACCAUUUGUUCUGUACUUGGGAUUAAAUUUACCACACCCGUAUCCUUCACCAUCUUCAGGAGAAAAUUUUGGAUCUUCAACUUUUCACACAUCUCUUUAUUGGCUUAAAAAGGUGUCGUAUGAUGCCAUCAAAAUUCCAAAGUGGUCACCUCUGUCAGAAAUGCACCCUGUAGAUUAUUACUCUUCUUAUACCAAAAACUGCACUGGGACAUUUACAGACAAAGAAAUUAAGAAUAUUAGAGCAUUCUAUUAUGCUAUGUGUGCUGAGACAGAUGCUAUGCUCGGUGAAAUUAUUUUGGCUCUUCGCCAGUUAGGUCUUCUUCAGAAGACUAUCGUCAUAUACACCUCAGACCACGGGGAGCUGGCCAUGGAACACCGACAGUUUUAUAAGAUGAGUAUGUACGAAGCCAGCUCCCAUGUCCCACUCUUGAUCAUGGGGCCAGGAAUUCAGGUCAACCUGGAAGUGUCAAGUGUGGUUUCUCUUGUGGAUAUUUACCCUACUAUGCUUGAUAUUGCUGGAAUUCCUCUGCCUCAGAACCUGAGCGGAUACUCUCUGCUGCCAUCAGCAUCAGAAAUGUUUAAGAAUGAACAAAAAUUCAAAAACCUACAUCCACCCUGGAUUCUGAGUGAAUUCCAUGGAUGCAAUGUAAAUGCUUCCACCUACAUGCUUCGAACUAACCAAUGGAAGUAUAUAGCCUACUCUGAUGGUGCUUCAGUAUUGCCUCAACUCUUCGAUCUUUCCUCAGAUCCAGAUGAAUUAACAAAUAUUGCUGCAAAAUUUCCAGAAGUUACUUCUUCUUUGGAUCAGAAGCUUCGUUCCAUUAUUAACUACCCUAAGGUUUCAGCUUCUGUCCACCAAUACAAUAAAGAGCAGUUUAUCAAGUGGAAACAAAGUAUAGGGCAAAACUAUUCAAAUGUCAUAGCAAACCUUAGGUGGCAUCAGGACUGGCUGAAAGAACCAAAGAAGUAUGAAAAUGCCAUUGAUCAGUGGCUUAAAUCCCACUCUGAUCCAAAAACAAUUUGAACAACAAAAAAGAAAAGAAUGUUUAAGAGUUAUGUAGAAAUAUGCUACAAAAUCAUGAUUCAUUAUACAUUUUAAAUGUUACUUUUACUAAUUACUGAUUUUAAAUUAAAGAAUGUACUCUUUUAAAAUAAGAUACCAAUCAUUGUAGAAUAAUAUAUUUUCAAAAUGAUUACUAUCAAGACCUUAUUCUUACCAACUUCUAACAACUUAAUGGGAGUAUUAAAAGGAUGGAAACAAAUACUAGAACAUAAAGUUGUGUUCCUCUGAAUAUUAUGGAAUAUAGAAUAUUUUAACCAUUACUAAAAUGAUUACUUAUGAACCAUAAAAUAGUUUUGAGUAUUUGAUGGUGUAUGAUGAGUUAUUUUUAUCUGAUUGGACAUAGAUCAUUUGAAUGUAUUUGAUGGGAGAAUUUGGAGUAUUUUAUGGGACACAGACCAUGGAUAUGGCUGAUCUUAUUUAAUUUUUUUAAUAGGCAAAAUAUAUGCACAAGGUAUAAAUUUCAAAAAGGUACUAAAGGGUUAACAAUGAGUGUGAAGUCACUUUUCUUUUCCAGUCCCUCAACCAUCCAGUUCUCCUUUUUGGAGAUAACUACUGUAACCGCCUUCCUAUGUAUCCUUUGAGAGACAGCACUCCCCCACCCCCAACAAAUGGUAACAUACCAUGCAAAAUACCUUGCUCUCUUUUUCUCCACUUUAACAAAGACAUCUAGAAGUGAAAUUGCUGGGGCAAGACUAUAUCUAGCAAAAUUACUCUAGACACUCCUAUAUUAACCCUACAAAAGUUAUACCAAUUUAUAUUCUCACUAGAAAUGUGUCCUUGCAUUUAUUGCCAAUUGGGCAGAUAUAAAAUAUCUUGUUGUUAUUUUCCUUAUUAUAUGUAAAGUAGAUCAUAUUUUCAUAUUUUUAAUGGCCAUUGGAAUUUUCUUUACCAUGACCUUUUCCUUUUUUACACUUUGCCUAUUUUCUGUUGGUUAUUUGUCUUUGUUAUUACAGGCAUACUUUAGAUAUUAGCUCUCUGUCUGUUAGAGAAGCUGCAAAUAUUUUUUUCCUUUUCAUAAUUUGUAUUUUGACUAGUGCCCUAGUGUUUGUUGACAUGUAGAAAUUGGUAUUUUCAUGCAGUCUGAUUUAUGAAUCUUUGCUUUUGUGGCUUUGGGAUUUUGUGUCAUAUUUAGAAUGGCUUUUCCUACCUAUCUUCAUUUAGAGUUUUAUUUUUCACUCUUAAAUUUUUAACCCAUGGGAAUGUAUUACAUAUUAGAGAUCUAACUUUAGCUUCUUUUUUUUUUUAAGAUGACCACCCAAUUGACCUCUCAUUGAGAAAAGUAAUAUUUAUUCCAUCGGUUAGAAAAUGCCACUUUGCUAUAUAACAACUUUUAUUGAAUAAAUGAUCUUUUCCUCUAUUGAUCUGAAAUGACAUUUUUAUUAUAUACAAGUCACACUGACAUUUGGGUCCUUUCAAAACAUUUCUUACUUUGCAGUGGACCAUUCUAUUUUGUUUAUAGAUGGGGUAGGCAAUAUCUGGUAGGACUGUUUCCCGUGAAUCAGUUUUCUUUUUCAGAAUUGUCCGGGCUAUUCUUGCUUAUUUAUUUUUCUUAUAUAAAUCUAGAAUCAACCUGUCUAGUUGCAAAAAUGAAAAAUCUUGGUAGUCUUUUUAUGAUAUCAUAUUAAGUGUAUAGCCUAAUUUAGGGAGAACUGAAUUUUUUAUGAUAUUCAGUUAUUCUAAAGAAUAUAGUAUACUUGCCCCUUUCUUUAAGACUUCUUUAUAUCACUCAGUAGUAUGCUAAGUUUUCUUCAUAUAGAUCAGUAUCUUCAUAGACAUUUUUAGGAAGUAGGGACCUUUAAAAAAUGCCACCUAGGCCUCAUCCCUGUGCUUCCCAGUGGCGCCAGUGGUAAAGAACCUGCCUGCCAAAGCAGGAGACAUAAGAGACAUGGGUUCAACCCCUGGGUCAGGAAGAUCCCCUGGAGAAGGACAUGGGAACCCACCCCAGUAUUCUUGCGUGGAGAAUCCCAUGGACAGAGGGGCUUGGUGGGCUACAGUCCAUGGGGCCGCAAAGAGUCAGACAUGACUGAAGCGGCUUAACUCAGACCCCACCCCACAGCAGUGGGAUUAGAAUUCCAGGGAUGGCACCUGGGCAGUUUUGUUCUUGCUACUGUUUUGUUUGUUAAGCUGCCAGGCAGAUGAUCCUAGUGUGUAGCCAGAGGUGACUUUAUUCCUAGCUAUUUUAUCAUUUGAUGGUAUUUUAUCAUCUGUGCUAUUUUAAAUAAAUGCUUCUUCCAUUGUAUCUUCUAACCAGUUAUUUAUAUAUGCAAACUCUAUGUCUACAUAUUUACUUUAUGCCAAUAAUACAUUUUUGUACCAGUAAUUUUCCAGUUGGUAUCUUAUAGUCUUCAGGUAAAAAGUCUAUCUGCAAAUAACAGUUUUACCUAAUUCCUUUUUAACCUAACUUCCCUUUUCAAACUGUCUUAGAAGUUUUCUUCAUGAGCCAGUUCAUCUCCUUUGUUUAUUGUCCUUCAGUGAAUUUGUAUGAGCUUAUCUUUGCAUUUAUGUAUGAAUUUCUCAGAAAUAAAUUUCACUUCAUAUGUAUUCUGAAGUAAAACUAUUAAGAGAAAGAUUUCAGUACUAGAUUAUUGAGGUUAAAAUUAAAAUAUACAAAUCUACCUCCUAUCUCCUAACUGAACCUAAGGGAUAUAAAAAUAUCUAAUGUGUGAUAUAUAUGUUAUUAUAGGGAAAAAUAAAGCAAUAAUAAUAGAAAUGAUUCUGAAAACAUGGGCAUAUAAAGAUAAAUAUAAUCCACCUCAUUCUAUUCAACCCCUUUAAGAUGCAUUCAUUGUUAGAAUUUACCAAGCGUCUACAAUGUUUUAAUCAUAUCCAACAUAGCUUCUGCGGUGGCUCAGUUGGUAAAGAAUCCGCUUUCAAUGCAGGAAAUUGCCUGCAACGUAGGAAACUCAAGUUCAAUCCCUGGGUUGGGAAGAUCCCCAGAGAAGAAAAUGGCAACCACUCCAAUAUUCUUGCCUGGGAAAUCCCACAGACAGAGGAACCUGAUGAACUACAUGGGGUCACAAGGGUCAGACACGACUUAGCAACUAAACCACCACCACCAAUAUAGGAUCAUAAUUAGGUAAAAUUAUGUUUUAGGACUGUAUCUAAUCCAAAAUGGUAUCUUAACAACCAAGAAAGAAAAAAAAAAAAAAAGAAGAAGAAGAAGAAGAAAAACUUACAAAACCAAGA